AUGUUUUCGGUAGAGGAUGUGAAGGACAUUCUACAGUUGCUCCCUCCGCCACAGUCAAACACUGGGUCUCUGCCUUCGCUUGUGCCUUCUGCCAGCGGUCUUGGAUUAGUGACUCUGCAACAACUUCAAUUUCAAUUUCAGAGUCGGAUGACUAAAGAAACACAACGGAUACCCCUACUCUCUUUGACACUUGACCUAGAUGUGGACCAAGAUGUUGUCUUACAACUUGUCAGAACUCAGCGAACAAUCGCUUUGCUUAGUGGAGACAGCCGCAUCAUCAUCACAGAAAGCGAACGACAGUCAAUUCAUGAAGAACUGUACAGUUUGAUAACGCAUGGACUCGUGUCAAAAUCAGAUUUCGCCAAGAAGAAGGACAUCGACACGGAAAGUUUGAGCUUUCUCCUUUCUGAAUCAGAGGAGAUAGUCGACAUUGGAGAAUAUGUGUGUAGUGCAAGCUACGAACACAAAAUCUCAGAAACUUUGGAAGACGGGCUGAGACGUUCGCUCAAAGAAACACAAUCUGUUGACUUUGCCCCUACCGACUUCAUUUCCAAGGAUACACCAGGCUCUUCGUCGAUGUCACUCCAGCCUCCAUCGAUGUUCUUUGUACUUCGCAUUCUGGAUCGUGUUCUGCGAGCGCCAGAUCUAGCAGAGAACUUCUAUCUCCAUGAACGAGAAGAUAGCAUCCGUUGUACGCCGAAACGACUAUUAGAGCAAGAGGGAGAAGCCGUAGUUCGUGAUCUGCAAACAGGAAACCUUGUAUUUCUCGAGAUUUCUCAAUUUCGGAAUAGGUUCAUCUACACAACACCUAGGCAUAUUGCACAAUAUUUCGAGACUUCACCGGAUGUCGAGGUCAUAGAUUCAUAUGCGAUAUCUAAGGUUUGGGCAUCGAGUCUAGGCGACGAAUGUAGGCAGACUCUGGAUCGUGACGGAGUUGUAAACGUGCGACAACGGCUCACUGUCCUUCCUCCCGACGUGGGGGAUCGUGUGCGUCAGCAAGUGGAGCAGUUCGUCUUCAACCUCGUUCAGAAGCCCGACACGGAACUUCACCGAGUUGGCGAAUAUUGGUUUACAGAAGACGGUUACAUCAAUCACAAAGACAGAAUACUCUCAAUUGCUGCAGCAGAUGCCAAUUUUCAGUGGCAACAACUGACCGACAGCCCAGAAAAGGAGGUCAAAUUUAGUCUGUCCAACAUUACCACAGCGAUUACCGACAACGAACCUGUCUUGCGUGCUUUGGUCCAGGAGAGAUCUGUAGAAAAGGCAGCUGAGGAGUGCUUCUGGAAUACAGUAUCUAAUCGAGAAUCCGAAAACGAGGCCGAGUUCUCGAUAUCCUGGAAUGAACGGGUAGUACUACGAACUUACGUAUACAACCAAGGUUUAGACGCGGUCGGAGAUCAGAAACUACGCGACCAGCUUGCAGAGCUCUUCGCAGCCUAUGCACAGAAAGAACUCAUACCAGAUGCUAUUACUAAAGCUCGUUCAAACGGCCUCAUGAUGAGCCGAAAAACACGAAAGAACGUCCAGAAGCUCGAAAGCCGAUUGAGUACUGAGAAGAUGGAUACGUCAACCAUUGUGAUUGCCGUCAACAAGUUCAACAAAAAGCAGUCCAUCGAAGCUCCGGGUGCUUCAUCACUAGAAGAAUCGAAAAAGACCAUGGUUCUCGACAUGACCCGACGCAUGCAGAAGCAGAAGAAGUCUGACGGCCCUGUACUCUUCCUGACACUGGUCGUCCUACUAUUCGCGAAGCAUCAUCCUGGAGUGGUGUAUGCGACGGGCAAGUUCGCACCCAAGUUGCUCAAGCAAUUGAAGAGCGUAUUGGAGCCAGUGCAGUAUGAACAGCUAGAGAAGUGGAAGGAAGCAGCCAAAACGGGCACAUUGAGUGCAGAGGACAGAGAUGAGAUGAAGAAGAUAGCGGAGGUAUGA